AUGUUACAUUUCAUCGUCUUCAUCUUAUUGUCUUCAAUAUCAACUCAACUUGUCGAUGGUCUGGUGUGUGCCAGUGCUUGUGAUUACUCCAGCAAUCUCGGACAUAUAGUAUUACCAUCUUGUAAUACUACCGAUAGACCUGCUAGUGAACAAAGUUGCCAAGUUGUAUUAACUAUUGAUUAUAUCACUGGUGCGAUUACUGGACAAUUUAAUCCUGCAACACCACCAAAACCUGCUAAUUUCGAUGCAGUAACUAUCUUUUUACUCUAUGCGGAAUCAGCCAAUCUAACAAUCUCGCUUGAUUGUUCUACAUCAGAUGAAUGUGAUUUAUUAUUUGCUAAAAAUGUUUUAAAUAGUGACUGGACUAAAGUUCAGGCUCAAGUAAAACUUUUAAGAAGUACUUUAGCUGAUGAGCUCUUUAAUUCAACUGAUCUACGACCUGGUGAGACUUGUCCACCUAAUCAACCAUGUUCCGGUCAAGGAUUCUGCCAGACAGUUUUUCAAUAUUGGUCAGAUACCCCACAUCCCGUAUUCGUGAGUACAUGUACAAAUUCGACAGCACAGCCAGCUCUUAGUUGGAUUCAAGCAUUAGAUCAAGCUAAGGUGGGUGACAUUAUGCUGUAUACCUACAACAAACCUGCAUGCGCAUUACAAGAUUCAGUUCAAAGUUCGGCUCAGAUAAUUGCACAAAAUUACGUUUUACCAUUCAAUGUCACAAUCCCAAUAACAACUACUACUAUCACUACCGGUAGCACCACCACACCAGCUUCUACUAUAUCAACAGCCUCCACUAUGUCAACAACAUCGACAACAUCAACAACAUCAACAACAUCGUCAACAUCAACAGCAUCGACAACAUCAACAACACCAACAACAUCAACAACAGCAGAACCGACAACAACACACAGCGCUGCUAGCUCAGCCUUUUUAAUUACAUCCUGGAGUAUUUUACAAAUAAAUCAACAUAAAUAA